UACUAUUAACGUUGACUGGAGAAAAGAUUUUAACUUCUGGUUCAGAUUCUGGUUUACUCUUACAGCAAAACGAGGACUUGAGAAUUCCCAAUUAAACCUAAACUUGGAGUCAUCAGCAAGGAUCUGUUAGAUUCUUUUCCUAAUCGCAAAAGGUUAGUAUUUUCCUAAUACUAUUGGCAAAAGAAACGUUUUUCCCUAAUGCUGAUAAGAAUGGGCCGGGGGUCUUUAUUUUUAUGAUAACAGAGGCGGACACAGAGCUAAACCAAGAGACAGACCGACCGAGAGCCACUGCUGCAGCAUUGAGUAUUUACUUUAGCUAGAUGGAGGUGAUGAUUGAUACUCUGGUAAUUUGCGGUUGCUUAGUGUUUGGUGGUAGUGUGAUCAAAAGACUACUCUGUAGCAGACCCAGACCCAGACCCAGACCCUGGGAGACAUUACCUGACGAUGUCAUGGAGAUGGUUGUGCGGCACCUGAGUGUACGUGAUCGUAUACGAUUAAGCAGUGUUUGCAAGUCUUGGAACACCGUUCCUAUGCGCAGAGAUAUCCCUAGUGCUCCACAUCAACUCCCCUGGUUAAUACUUCCUCAAUGUUGCCAUAAGAGCUUGACCUUUUACGACCUCUAUGACGGCAAAGUUGGCAAGUUGGACCUGCCUGAACCAGUUCAAGGAGGGUGGUUUCAAGGAUCUUCUAAAGGUUGGAUGAUCAUGGUCAUGGAAAAAGAUCUAGAUUCUACAAUGUUUCUAGUAAAUCCCAUUUCAGGAGCCCAACACCAACUUCCAUCUUUGAGCACGGUUCCAUCUUUCCAAAAUUUUGUAGAAACGACCAGAUGGAAACACUAUGGUGCCUCCCUUUUCAGCUAUUGCCUUGUGCUGUCCACCUCGGAUAUCACUUCAGAGCAAUGUAUGAUAGCAGCUUUCUUUGGAGACGCUGAAACAUUGUGUUUGUGCAGACCUGGAGACACAAGUUGGAGUAUUUGCGAGGUACUAGAUGCUAAUGAGGUCAUUAUUGAUUUAUUGUUUUCUUCUGGCAAGCUAUAUGCCUUGGUUCUUAGUCAUGAUAAGGAAGGCUUUAUGUCAGCUCCUCGUACUUUAAGUUGUGGAGGUCAUGCCGUGGAAUUAUAUCUGGUCUAUGAUAUAAUGCCAAGAUUCAGUGACCAGAAUGAAGUAUAUGGGGACUAUAUAGUCCAAUUAAAAGCUUCACUAGACUCGCAUUUGAUAGACUCAGCAACCAAUGGUGAAAUAUAUUUGAUCCAUCAAAUGCAAGAUAAAUUUAUGAAAUUGUCUGACGACGAGAACCCCGAGGAUGGUGGCGGUGGAGGAAAUGAGGAGGAUGAUUAUGUUGAAGGCAGGGAUGAUGACAAUGACUCUGACAAUGAGGAACAUGACAACUUGGAAGAUAAUGAGGAUGGAGGAGAUGAUAUCCAUGACAUGGAUGAUGACAAUGAGGAACAUGACAACUUGGAAGAUAAUGAGGAUGGAGGAAAUGGUAUCACUAGAGUUGAGGAAGAAGACCGUGACCUUAAUGUAAUUUUGAGGACAAGUGCUUUUUAUGUUUACAAGCUUCACCCAAAGGAGAAGAAGAUUGUUAGUGCACGGUGCCUGGAGGAUCAACUAUUGUUUUUGUCGGGCGCGGGUCAAUUGUCCCUUCCUGCAAGAGAGAUCAACAAGUUGGAAGGAAAUUGUAUUUAUUUUGCAACAAAUAAUCAAUCGACUUUCCAUCAGCGAGAAUAUAUAACUCGAGAGCUUGGCAUAUUCAACUUGGAUGAUAGAAGAGUUCAGCGAUCUUUCCCAAGCGUUAGGGUGUCGGUACGCUCUCGACUUAGUUGGUUUAAUCCGAUUUUAUAGUGAUGUCAAGAACUUGAAUUAUUCAUUUUGUUUGUUUUCUAGCAACUCUUGUUCAGCAAUAACGAUUUUGUACCGAAAAUUAAGUAAUAACUCUAUUUACAUUUUCCAUUAGUAGUUCUGGUUCGUGGUUUAUUUAUGUUUGCUUCUGGAUGAUUCUGUUGCUUUAUGCCUACCGGCCACCAGACUUUAUCUUGUUUUUGGAAGCAGGACAUGUUUCUAAUUAUAUUGUGAUUGCAAUCUCUAACAUGAACGAAUAUUCGGUGCACCGCUGGUGUCCCAUUACUGGCAACUCGGUCAGCCGUUAGUCAUGUAUGGUGAAAAAAAAACUGGAGUUCAGUUAAAAUGAAAUUUACCUGAUCACAUUUCGAUUCCACACCAAAAAUCCCCAUUUCUAUGUUUCAAUUCGCUCUUCAGUCUCCCCACCAAGCACCAAACCCCUUGGAUCGAACCCUGCGGAUUUCAAGUUCUCUCAUUCUUUCUUUCAGUUUCAAGCUUUUCCGCCAGUCUAGGUUUUCCGAUAUCAAGAACCGGCAAGAAUGGAUCCUCUUCCGCAAGAAGUCGACGAUUACAUCAGAGAGUCGAUUGAGCACACCCUCGGCCCCCCCCCCCCCCCGUGUCCACCCAGACUCUCGAAUUGAAGCUCCGGUGCGCCGAAGCCACGAAGCGACGGCUGCGCGACCAGUACACCGUUCUGGGGCCGAGCCUUGUAUGAACGCUCAGGCUUUGAGGAAGUUUGUGGAGGAGAGUCAGAGACUAGCGGCGGAGUGUGCACAUCUGGUGAGUCAGUGCAACAAGUUGGAGAAGGAAUGAUCACUUUAUGAUCAUGACCGAGAGGCUUUGAUGGAUUUCGAGAACGAGGCGGACCAGAGGUUUAAGGAGGCUGAGUUUGGGGUCGAAGAGUUGGAGGAUGCAUGAACCGGGAGAAUUGAGGGAAGAAUUGAAGUUCUACAAGAAUGAAUACGAGAGACUUUCGGGUAGUUGAAGCAAGGUUGCUGCUCUAAUAGAUUAGCGUAUGAAAAGGAAAAAUUGCAGUUAAUGCAUUUGAAGCACCAGAAAUUACAGAGUAGGGUACAGCUCUUAAGCUCUUCAGUUCAGGAGUCUCAAAUGCUGAAGUUAAACACCAUCUAGUGUCAGUCUGAGGCUGGUAGAGGAGAGACUCUUGUUGAUGAGAGUUGGUCAUGUUUGGUUAACCGUGUGGGUGAAAAAGAGUAGGCAUGUUGAAAACUCUGAAGCAAGGGCGUGGCAUGUGGGGCAUCGGGGAGAGCUAGAAGUUUGUGCUGGGAAUGGGAUAGAUGGGAUCUGAUGCGAUAACUCAUUGUUGGAAAUGGUGGAAGUGAGGAACAAGCAGGUGAUAUUGAAGAAGUAUGUGUCGGCCGGGCUCCCAAAAGAAUCUGACAUGGCCGUUGUCACUACCACCACCAAACUGAAGCUUCCAGAAGGCUCCGGCGGGGUUCUGGUGAAGAACCUCUACUUUUCCUGCGAUCCUUACAUGAGAGGCCAAGAGCGAACCUGCUUCUUAUGUCGAUCCCUUCAACCCCAGCAAGGUAUAAACUCUGGAAUUCCUACCUUAGAGCUGUUAUGGAGUGUGACAUGAAAGCAGUUAGCAAAGGUAAUAAGAGCAAAGUUGAAGUUUUGGAGACUUGCUUGCAGCAAAUGAAAGCCUGCUUCCUUGAUGCGAGGCUGAACAGAGAAACUUUUUGAAGUCAUGGGAGUGUUUGAGAGAUCAAAUAGAUCUGGUGGAGAUGAGCAGCAUGCAUCUGGAGAGUUCAUUCGGCGAUGUGGACUCUGCCAUGAAGCAGAUAUGGUGCUUAGGAAAAAUCAGUAUUCUCAUGCCCUUUGGAAUUGUAGCAGCACACUCACUGUUUAAUUCACAGAAAACUGCAUCCAGCGACUUUGAUCGAGUCAUUAUGGGGAUUGUACUAUUUGAAUUGACUUGUUUUCUUUCUUGUUGCCUUUUUAAUAUAAUAUGUCAUUCUGCAUGUUAAGGUUGAUUUGCUGGAGAAGAAGUUUGGCUUUGAUGAGAAAGCCGGUAAAAUGGGUCACAAAAGAGGUGGACUUGUUAGCAUGCACAAGUUUGGUUUAUGGGAAAUAAGUGAAGGUUUCACUCUUCAAUACUUUCACAACAGAGCAAUCGAACAGUGGAUGCAGUCAUGCAGACGACAACUUUUAGUCCUCUCCAGUUGCACUGCUUUUCUUAUAAUGGCAUUUUCUACUUGAGAAAAGCUUGGGUUUCUUAGUUUAUGGGCUGUUGACAUUCUUUCACAACUGUAUAUAUAUUUGGAAUCAAUUUUGAGUUUCACUUCAUUGAUUUUGUUGUUACAGAUCGUUGAAUGUAAUUUAGUUUUCCCUCUUUGAA